AUGGUAUCUCCCCUGCCAGGUAAGUAUGAGUUGGAUGGGAAGGACAUUUCGAACCACGAGGAGAAAGGAGCGAUGGCCGGGAGGGCCGAUGACGGACAGCCGAUCCCAAGAGUCGGGCUGAGAUUCACACUGCGCUUCCAGGCAGUUGGAGCAGACGAAGAUGUCGUAUCGAGGACGUGGUUCUGCAGGAAAGUCAUCAUGGAGCAGCUCCAUCUGAAAGUUGAUGUCAUCUACUGCCUACAAUGGAACCAGCAGGAGAAGGCUUUCGACGUCACCCUAAAGGACGAGCAAGUAUACACAAAGGUUGCUAAGGACUGUGUUGCUGCUGCUAUGCAAGGACGUGUCGGGGACGCCAUGGGGAUCUGGACGGGUCUAGGGCAGUUCCAGGUGCUUCUUGGGUCUGGGCCAGAGGGUUUUGGCGGCCUCGGGCACCCGCCUGCCUCCUUCAGCCUUGGAGCAGAUCGAGGGUACCUUUUCUACCCGCGUCAGCCAGCUUUCUGCAGGCGGUGCAGGCAAUCAGGCCACGUUGAGGGAGGGUGCGCUGGCGCCAGCUGCCGUUUUUGUGGCCAAAGAGGACAUGAGGCCAAAGACUGUACAGUGCCCAAGGCCUGCCAUGGCUGCAGUGGGAUCGACCAUCUAUACAGAAGCUGUCCUGAGCGUAGGAGGACGUUUGCGGAGGUAGCCGGGGCCAACAACCGGAGGGAAACGGAGUUCGAGGACCUUCUGGAAGGGCUUAUCCAGUGCCAGAAGAAUAUGUUUCCGGUGGGCACGGGGGAGGCCGCGGCGGUGGAGCGGGUACCGGGCGGCGGCUCGGGGUCUGACAGCGUGGGCCGAGGGCCUGCGGGGAAUACGGACUCAACUGUAGCAGCCGAUUUGGGUGUCAAGCCUGGGAUACGUAAAAUACAGGAGGCUUUCGGAACAGAGGCUCCAGAAGACAAUGGGGACUGCUCGCAGGUCGGAGACAGUAAAAGGCCAAAGACAGAGGGGACGAGGAGGAAGGGGCGGGCCAAAGAGGUGGUGGCGGUGGUGGAUGAAGGAGAUGGGCAGCAGAAGAGGGAGGGGCCAGGGAAGGACAGUGACCAGGGGAGGGGUAAAGCGGACGAUGGCCAUGGUUUGGGUGGAGGGAUGGUGGGGGAGGACCCAGGGGUUGUAGGGGUUGGGCUCCAGUCUGGUUUGCCACUGGACCGGGGGCUGCCGGCUGCUCCACUGCUGCAGCCACCUCCCUUGGGGGAUGACACACAAGGGGGCGUUGUGAGUCCCUCCACCUCUUCAAGUGUGGUUCCUGUGUUAUGGGCCGACCAGAUGGACAGUUUCAGUGAAGACCCCUAUGCAUCCUCGGUACGGGCUAAAAAAGCAAGGCAGGUGGUGACAGGGUUUAGGGACAGUCAGGGUAUUGUAGUGACAGAAGAGGGCCAGGUGGUGAGGGUUGCCACGGAUCAUUUCAGGGACAGCUUUAAGGAGAAAGAUGUGGGAAGAGGGGAUGAUUUCCUGGAACUGCUGGAUCGCCAGGUUCCAGGGGACAUAGUGCAGGCUUUAGAGGUCCCUCUAACAGUUAGCGAAUUGGAGGGUGCGCUCAACAGAAUGAACAAGGGUAAGGUGCCAGGAAUUGAUGGCUUACCUGUGGAAUUUUAUGCAAAGUUCUGGAGCAUAUUAGGGCCAGUAUUGUUGGAGGUGCUGACAGAGGUACUGCAGGCAGGAGAAAUGAGCGGGUCUUUAGCCACCGGGGUGAUCUCCCUCCUGUAUAAGAAGGGGGAUCGCACUGAAAUAGGUAACUGGCGACCUUUGACCAUGCUGUGUGUGGACUAUAAACUCUUUAUCAAACUCUUAGCAGCACGUAUGUCUUUAUUCUUAGAAGAGCUGAUCCACCCGGAUCAAGCCUGUGCCGUGCCGGGGAGGAAGAUCACAGACAGCCUCCUAUUGAUCCGAGACACCAUCUGCUUUGCGAGAGAUAGAAACUUUCAGCUUGUAGUCCUAAAUUUAGACUUUGAGAAAGCCUUUGACCGGCUCUCACACCAGUACCUUUUCCAGGUAUUAAAACAAAUGGGGUUCCCGAAGAGGUUUAUAGACUGGGUGGCACUGCUGUAUCGGGGCACUACCAGCAAGUUUAUUGUAAAUGGGCAUCUGACAAAAGCAGUCAAUAUAAACUGUGGUGUCCGUCAAGGUUGUCCACUAUCAGCCCUCCUCUACAUUAUUUGUAUAGAACCACUUGCACAGAUCUUGAGAAGGGACCAACAAAUCACUGGGGUACAUAUUCCAGGGAGCGGGGGCCUUCAAACAAAAUGUAUCUUAUAUAUGGAUGACAUCAACCUUUUAUGUACUGAUCUUUUAUCUGUCAACAGGACGCUGGACUUAACUGACUGGUUUGGACAGGCCUCUGGGUCAAAAUUGAACAUAAGCAAGACGCAAGCCCAAUUUUAUGGACCGUGGACAGAGACUGAGAAGACAGGACUUCCCCUGACUGUGACCCAGACCGAACAAAAGAUACUCGGGAUUCAAUUUGACAAUGAAGGGGGAGGGAAAACUAAUUGGACGAGUUUGGUAGGGAAAGUCAGACAGAGACUAGGAUACUGGGGACUUAGAGGACUGACCAUGGAAGGCAAGGUUUUAAUCAUCAAAGCAGUGAUCUUACCUCUGCUUCUACUGGUCGGUUCUGUUUUUAUCCCACCCAGGAGAGUGCUUCUAGAGCUAGAACGAGCAAUAUUUUAUUUUCUGUGGGGCUCCAAGUGGGAAAGGAUAACAAGAAAGGAGAUGAAAAAGUCAAAACAGAAAGGGGGGAAAGGAGUUCCAGACCUCCACUUGUUUCUAGGAAGCAGAUAUGCAGCACUCCACAUCUACGCUGCCACUGCCCCCUCCAAAAACCCAAAGACGGCGGCAAUGACAAGAUUCUGGAUGGGGACCUUUUUAAGAAGGAUAAAGAUCUUACCAAUUGACCUCAAAGUACCAGUGUCCUUUAACCUGCCACCACCUUAUGCUUUUAUACAAACAUUUUUAAAGAAACUUCAGCUUGAGCAGGAGGGUUUGCACAUUUUACCUAAUCAUCGCUCCCUUCUCUCUGUUGUGCAGGAGCGAGAACCAGUGAGUCCAGUGCACGGGCUCGCUUUCGGUGAGCCCUCAACAGUUUGGUGCAACGUGAACCAUCCCACUCUGACAAACAGACUCCGAGAUAUGUCAUGGAUGGUGGCUCAUGAGAUCCUCCCAGUCAGGUCCGUAAUGCACUCCCGGGGCAUGGCGGCAAACCCAACUUGCCCCCGACCAGGCUGUGGCGCACCUGAGACGGUGAGGCAUCUGCUCUGGGAGUGCAGCGCUGCCGUAGACCAGUGGGCAAAGGCCGACUCCUUACAAUUCCCGUGCUUGCCGGCAAGGGAGGUCCUCACAGCACAGCUGGUAAUGUAUGGGGUGAGCCAAAAACAAGACUGUUCUAGGGUCUUUUCUAAGCAAUGGCUCACCCUAGCUGCCAUCAAAGACGCCAUAUGGACCUCCAGAAACUUGCUGGUAAGAAGGCACAUGCAGAUCCCCCCCGUGGCUGUGAUCCGGAUGGCUGCAGCAACAAUAAAAUCAGCGACAUGCGGCACGCCCAGGACACAGCCACAAAGAAGAAUCGCCUCUGUGCUCAUUCGGACGAAGGAGUCGGAGCCACACGGGAAAGGUCAAAGCAGCGCAGGCCCGACUCUCCAGGAAAGACAGGUGGGAAGGAGCAACAGGGUGGGGGUCUCCUCUGAGCACCUUGACAAGACUCAGAGAGACACAACCUGUUAA